AGCAGUGUUGGCAAUGCCGUCAGUUUCUUAAGAAAUCUCUCGUAAUAAACUACAAUAUUGUGUGCGUGUUUUCCUCAAAAAUUUUCUGUGACUAAUCGGUUUAAUGCAUUAAUAUUUAUUAAAACACGAUUUGAUAUCAAAAUUGAAUGUAAAGGAAAAUGUAUUGAAAUUCAUUGUAUAAAACAAAAGGUGUAUUUCGCGGAGGAAAGAAGUGCGUUGUGUAGUAGAAGUUGUAUCACAAUCGCUUUGACUUUACAUCUUUGUGGGAGGAGCGUAAAUUCAGCGACAUUUCCAAAAAAGACCAUAAAUAAAUCAUUGAAUAGAAACUAGAUGUGUUGAUGUGUAUGACUAAAAUUUUUUAUAUAUAAUUAUUGUAUUCGUUCUGGAAAAUAUAAAAGUUACGCAGCAACGAUAAUGUCAACGAAGAAUUUCUAUGAAAUUUUAAAAUCCACACCAACGGCAAGCUUAGAAGAGCUGCGCCGCAAUUAUAAACAAAUGAUUCUACAAUGUCAUCCCGAUAAAUUACAACAUAUAUAUAAUACAGAUACCAAUACAACAAAUACAACCAGUACUAAUGGUGAUAAUGCCACAACCAUAACUAAUAAUGCGGCGGUCAUUACGCCUGCUACUGUUGACCCAAAUGCCGAAAUCUCAAUUUCGGCAGCUUCAGAACAUAACAGUGAAGAAUUUGUAGCCAUAAAUGAAGCUUGGAAUACGCUCAAAGACCCCGUAAAGCGACGACAGUACGAUGCUGAAUUGUUGUUGAAAAAAUUCCAAAUGCACAGUAAUAUCUUUGCGCGCUUAACGCUUGACGACAUGAAAUGCUGUGCCGCCACCACAACAACAAAUAGUGGAAGUGACAGUGGCAGUGACAGUGAUAGUGAAGUUGCAUGCGUAGACGAGAUAGGGGGCAAGUCUGCUGCGGGUAACAUGUAUUGGUACUAUACAUAUGAUUGCCGAUGUGGUGGUCAGUAUAUUGUUGAUGAGUCAGUGGACAGUGAAAUACUCAACCGCAACCAGAAGCGUUCGACUAACAUGCAUAGUGCCAGUAAAACGUCGGAAGAGCAAAAACUGCAGCAACAAAAACAAUAUAACCACGAUAAGAAUAUUGAAGCAGCUGCUGACAGUAGCGCAGAAAUUUCGUCUACAUCGAUAUGUGGCAACAACAGUAAAAGUGUAAGAGCUGGUGUUUGUGAAGACGCCAAUCGCGAUGGCGACGACAACGCCGCCGACGAUGGGGAUGGCGAAGUGCUUGUCGAAUGUAGUGAAUGUUCUUUGGUGAUCGUAUUGACUUGAACGCAUAAAAUGUGUACUGUCACGGAUUGGCUGAUGAAACAAUGCGACACAACAAAUAAAUAAAUAAAUGUGUAUAAUAAAAAUAAAUGAAAUUAUGAAAAACAA